AUGAGAUGUCAUGCAGAGGCGGCGUCCUCAAGGGUAUGCGAGGAGGAGGAGGAGGAGGAGGAGGAGGAGGAGGAGAAGGCGGAAGAGGGGGAGGAGGAGGAGAAGGCGGAAGAGGGGGAGGAGGAGGAGAAGGCGGAAGAGGAGGAGGAGGAAGAGAAGGCGGAAGAGGAGGAGGAGGAGGAGGAGGCGGAAGAGGAGGAGGAGGAGGAGGAGAAGGCGGAAGAGGAGAAGGCGGAAGAGGAGGAGGAGAAGAAGGCGGAAGAGGAGGAGGAGAAGAAGGCGGAAGAGGAGGAGGAGAAGAAGGCGGAAGAGGAGGAGGAGAAGAAGGCGGAAGAGGAGGAGGAGAAGAAGGCGGAAGAGGAGGAGAAGAAGGCGGAAGAGGAGGAGAAGAAGGCGGAAGAGGAGGAGAAGAAGGCGGAAGAGGAGGAGGAGAAGAAGGCGGAAGAGGAGGAGGAGAAGAAGGCGGAAGAGGAGGAGGAGAAGAAGGCGGAAGAGGAGGAGGAGAAGAAGGCGGAAGAGGAGGAGGAGGAGGAGGAGGAGGAGAAGGCGGAAGAGGAGGAGGAGGAGGAGGAGGCGGAAGAGGAGGAGGAGGCGGAAGAGGAGGAGGAGGCGGAAGAGGAGGAGGAGGCGGAAGAGGAGGAGGAGGCGGAAGAGGAGGAGGAGGCGGAAGAGGAGGAGGAGGCGGAAGAGGAGGAGGAGGAGGAGGAGGAGGAGGAGGCGGAAGAGGAGGAGGAGGAGGAGGAGGAGGAGGAGAAGGAGGAGAAGGCGGAAGAGGAGGAGGAGGAGGAGGAGAAGGCGGAGAAGGCGGAAGAGGAGGAGGAGGAGGAGGAGAAGGCGGAAGAGGAGGAGGAGGAGGAGGAGGAGGAGGAGGAGAAGGUGGAAGAGGAGGAGGAGGAGGAGGAGGAGAAGGUGGAAGGGGAGGAGGAGGAGGAGGAGAAGGCGGAAGAGGAGAAGGCGGAAGAGGAGGAGGAGAAGAGGGCGGAAGAGGAGGAGGAGAAGAAGGCGGAAGAGGAGGAGGAGAAGAAGGCGGAAGAGGAGGAGGAGAAGAAGGCGGAAGAGGAGGAGAAGAAGGCGGAAGAGGAGGAGAAGAAGAAGAAGGCGGAAGAGGAGGAGGAGAAGAAGGCGGAAGAGGAGGAGGAGAAGGCGGAAGAGGAGGAGGAGAAGAAGGCGGAAGAGGAGGAGGAGAAGAAGGCGGAAGAGGAGGAGGAGAAGAAGGCGGAAGAGGAGGAGGAGAAGAAGGCGGAAGAGGAGGAGGAGAAGAAGGCGGAAGAGGAGGAGGAGAAGAAGGCGGAAGAGGAGGAGGAGAAGAAGGCGGAAGAGGAGGAGGAGAAGAAGGCGGAAGAGGAGGAGGAGAAGAAGGCGGAAGAGGAGGAGGAGAAGAAGGCGGAAGAGGAGGAGGAGAAGAAGGCGGAAGAGGAGGAGGAGAAGAAGGCGGAAGAGGAGGAGGAGAAGAAGGCGGAAGAGGAGGAGGAGAAGAAGGCGGAAGAGGAGGAGGAGGAGAAGGCGGAAGAGGAGGAGAAGAAGGCGGAAGAGGAGGAGAAGAAGGCGGAAGAGGAGGAGAAGAAGGCGGAAGAGAAGAAGAAGGUGGAAGAGAAGAAGAAGGCGGAAGAGGAGGAGAAGGCGGAAGAGGAGGAGAAGAAGGCGGAAGAGGAGGAGAAGAAGGCGGAAGAGGAGGAGGAGAAGAAGGCGGAAGAGGAGGAGGAGAAGAAGGCGGAAGAGGAGGAGGAGAAGAAGGCGGAAGAGGAGGAGGAGAAGAAGGCGGAAGAGGAGGAGGAGAAGAAGGCGGAAGAGGAGGAGGAGAAGAAGGCGGAAGAGGAGGAGGAGAAGAAGGCGGAAGAGGAGGAGGAGAAGAAGGCGGAAGAGGAGGAGGAGAAGAAGGCGGAAGAGGAGGAGGAGAAGAAGGCGGAAGAGGAGGAGGAGAAGAAGGCGGAAGAGGAGGAGGAGAAGAAGGCGGAAGAGGAGGAGGAGAAGAAGGCGGAAGAGGAGGAGGAGAAGAAGGCGGAAGAGGAGGAGGAGAAGAAGGCGGAAGAGGAGGAGGAGAAGAAGGCGGAAGAGGAGGAGGAGAAGAAGGCGGAAGAGGAGGAGGAGAAGAAGGCGGAAGAGGAGGAGGAGAAGAAGGCGGAAGAGGAGGAGGAGAAGAAGGCGGAAGAGGAGGAGAAGAAGGCGGAAGAGGAGGAGAAGAAGGCGGAAGAGGAGGAGAAGAAGGCGGAAGAGGAGGAGAAGAAGGCGGAAGAGAAGAAGAAGGCGGAAGAGAAGAAGAAGGCGGAAGAGAAGAAGAAGGCGGAAGAGAAGAAGAAGGCGGAAGAGAAGAAGAAGGCGGAAGAGAAGAUGAAGGCGGAAGAGAAGAAGAAGGCGGAAGAGAAGAAGAAGGCGGAAGAGAAGAAGAAGGCGGAAGAGAAGAAGAAGGCGGAAGAGAAGAAGAAGGCGGAAGAGAAGAAGAAGGCGGAAGAGAAGAAGAAGGCGGAAGAGAAGAAGGCGGAAGAGAAGAAGAAGGCGGAAGAGAAGAAGGCGGAAGAGAAGAAGGCGGAGGAACGACCUCCAUGGGCGAUGGCGUCGUCGUCGUCGUCGUCGUCGUCGUCGGGAGGCGUUCGUCCGGAGCAGGUGACCGGACCAGCAGCGGCGACGACUGGAGGCCACUGGCUUUCACUGGAAGCCAAGUGGGCAGUGGACUCCAUUUAUCUAGGCUGCGUGGAGGACAUAAAAGCGGUAAAUGCAAUCACGCACUGUCAGGGAAACGAGGAUCUCAUACGCUACACAGUGUUGGUAUGCUCGGAGGAGAAGGCGGAAGAGGAGGAGAAGGCGGAAGAGGAGGAGAAGGCGGAAGAGGAGGAGAAGGCGGAAGAGGAGGAGAAGGCGGAAGAGGAGGAGAAGGCGGAAGAGGAGGAGAAGGCGGAAGAGGAGAAGAAGGCGGAAGAGGAGAAGAAGGCGGAAGAGGAGAAGAAGGCGGAAGAGGAGAAGAAGGCGGAAGAGGAGAAGAAGGCGGAAGAGGAGAAGAAGGCGGAAGAGGAGAAGAAGGCGGAAGAGGAGAAGAAGGCGGAAGAGGAGAAGAAGGCGGAGGAGAAGAAGGCGGAGGAGAAGAAGGCGGAGGAGAAGAAGGCGGAGGAGAAGAAGGCGGAGGAGAAGAAGGCGGAGCAACGACCUCCAUGGGCGAUGGCGUCGUCGUCGUCGUCGUCGUCGGGAGGCGUCCGUCCGGAGCAGGUGACCGGACCAGCAGCGGCGACGACUGGAGGUGCGACGACUGGAGGUGCGCCCGCUGCGGAGGCGCCGUCGCUGGUAAACAUCACGCCGGAACAGAUAGGUGAGAUCAGUGUGGCUGUCUCCUCUGUUGUUUCUGCUUUCCGCGAGCUCGGCGAUAUGUCGGCCUGA